AUGUUCGCCUUCUCACAACCAGCCAUUCCCCAGCCUUUUUGUCAAUUCGGCACCACACCUGCAUGCCCUAUGUCGGACCAGAAUACUCCCCUAUCACCAGACAGUAGAAGCCAUUCAAGUACAAAUCAGCUCGACUCGACUCCCUUCACGUUCUCCCUAUCCUCUCCGCCGGGUCCUGGCUCCCUACAGUCAGCAUCCAAUUCACGUUUUGCUCGACGAUAUGCGGCAACUAUAGCCCGUCCUGCUGCGCGGGUGGCGGAGCGGCAAUCCAGAGAGUCUCGGCGAGAUACCUUUCUGAACAAAGUCAAACGCAGCCGUCAAUCAGAUCAAUUUGAGGCGCGGAGUGACCAGAUUCAGAGAAGUGAUUUCUUGGAGCAGAGGAAACAAUUUGAGGAGGAGAUGGCGAGGUCAGGACCUCAACUUGAUAAUAUAGAAGAGGACGAAGGUGAUGAAGAUGUAGACAUUUAUCUUCAUGGGCAAGAUGAAGAUAUCGACGAGUCACUCCUGGAAGAUUUCAUCGCCCAGGAGGAGAAUGAAUACAUGGGACUAGUUGAAGAUAUGCCGGAUAGCAAUACUGCUGAAGCGCCACUAAAUAGUGAUAUCCUCUACGGUGACAUGGAAGAAGAUGGGCUUUUAGUUGAUCUAAUUGAUCAGAUUGAGUCCCAAUCUCAGCAUCAGAUGGACAUGUCGGGUUCUUGA